AUGCAAGCUCCGAGCGUCGGUACUUCAAGGGUAACAAACGUUGCUGAAAGUCGUGCUGGUGUUCAAGUCGCAGACGUGGAUUUCCAACUCGGAGACGGGGGUCAAAAUGCAGAUGAACAGGGCGUGAAAGCAGAAGAUGAAGCAAUGAGCCAAAUUGCUUCUAUGAUCUGCGACGACGAAGAAAUGCCGAAGCAUUCAAGCAAAAUCUCCACGCCACACAAGCAUGACCCAGUCCAGGCUAUUCUUGCUGGCGCCGGCGUUGAAUAUACCCAUCUCAAUAACGAAGUGGUUGGGUCUUCCCGCGUUGAAGAGAAUCUCAGUCGUCGCGCAGAGCUCGCCCCCGAAGACACGACAGGUGAUCAACAAGUGUUCAUGCCUAUCAAGGGACCCUUUGAUGAAGUGGAGGAGGAGGAGGACUUGAGAUUCGAAUACCACCCACCAGAGAAUGUCAAGCGGCGCCAAUUCUGCAGUAUGGCACAGCACUUUGGAUACGCCGAUGCUACGGAGUUUGCUCUUGUUGUUGAGAGUAUGACGCAGGCCCAACGCCGGUCGUGCCUUGACCAAUGGUAUAAAGAGAGGAGGGCAAAGUUGCUGAAUACCGUCAAGGGUGAGGUCAAGGGUGAGGUCAAGGAUGAAGUCAAGGAGGUCAAAAAGGAAGUGAAAGUGAAAGAGGAAAUUAAAGAGGAAGUUAAAGAGGAAGUUAAAGAGGAGGUCAAAGAGGAGAGUCCAGCCCUUUGA